CAUCUCUGGACCUGCUUCAUCUCUGGACCUGCUUCAUCUCUGGAUCUGGCAUGUUCUGCUUCUGUUUGCAGAGUUCGCUGCUGAAGCUCCAGGCGCUGGAGGUGGACGGGGGGCCGUCCCCAGAGGAGAGCCCUCCUGCCCUGGGCAGCAAAGAGCAGAAGAGCCCCCGCAUCCAGACGGAGGCUGGUGGAAGGGAGGUGAAGACGGUAGCAGUCUGCCACCACGUCCCCAACGAGAACAACCCACCAGAGCUGUUGACCGUCCUGACCAGACCUCCACAAUCCCCUCGACAUCAGCCGUUAACCCCCAUCCACCCGGGUCAGCGGCCUCCAUCCCCUGAUGAAGUGCUGCCCCCCAGCCCUCAUCACUCCCCACAGUGGAGCAGUCCAGGAGGCGAGGAGGGGGGAGGAGAUGGAUCAGGAGGAGGUGGAGCUCUCCUCCAGCUGCUGGCAGGACUUCCCAGCCCCCUGCCCUCUCCACGCUGCUCCAGUCCCAGCCUGAGGUUCAACUCUGACCCGGAUUCGGCGCCGUCCCCACCCUGCAGCCAGCAGUACAUCCUGUGUCGGGGUCGGGGGGACAGGACUGAAGGCUCAGAGGACGGGUUUCCUCCCUCCAUCCCCUUCCUCACCAGACACAUCCAGACCUUGAAGAAGAGGGUUCGCAGGUUUGAGGAGCAGUUUGAACUGGAGAUGAACUACAAGCCGUCCCACAACGACAAAUACUCCAACCCAGAGAUGGUCAGGGUCAUGAGUGAACUGGCGAAGGCUCGCAAGCAGCUGAAAGAACUCAGACUGAGGCAGUCGGUGUUCGAGUCCAAGGAGCAGGAGACCACCGACGUCCACAGGUCGGGUUCCAGCCAGCAGGGGGCGUCGGAGCACAAACCCAGUCUGGAGGAAACGGUGGAAUCUCUGUUCAGACGUCUGAGGGAGAAGAGACAGACCCUGGGUCUGCCCGACAAUAUGAAGGAGAUGACCCAGGCUCAGAUGGUGCUGGAGAAGAUCACUCUGCAGAAAUGUCUGCUCUACUUCGAGAGUCUGCACGGUCGACCGGGAACGAAACAGGAGAAGAACCUGGUGAAGCCUCUGUACGACCGGUACCAGAUGAUCAAACAUAUGCUGUGUGUCAGUCCCCCAAUCACCACCAUCGAGGAAGAGGAAGGAUCUGAUGAAGAGACUCUGAGCUCCUCUCUGGUUGACGAACGUCCAGUCCCUCAUCCUUGCAGAACAACCCGGUCAGCUGUCGGUGAGGAGGACAGCGACCGUGACAGCGACCCUGCCUUCGUAUCCCCAAUAGAUGAGGUGAAGGCCGUCCAUCAGCAGGUCGCUCUGACCACAGCCAACCUGCACGAAGCCUCCAGGUCUCAGCUGCUUCAGUGUCUGAGGGAGACAAGAGCUGAAAAGAAGAUGCGGCGUAAAGUUCUGAAGGAGUUUGAGGAGGAAUUUUAUUGUCAGACUGGACGAAUCUGCCAGAAGGAGGACCGGACCCCGAUGAAGGAGGAAUACCAGGAAUACAAACAGCUCAAAGCCAAACUCCGCCUGCUGGAGGUCCUGCUCAGCAAACAGGACUCCAACAAAACCCCAUCAGCCUAAAAACUGUCCUGACACCAGUCCAGCAUGAGUCCAGGAACGGUCUGACCUGAGUCCGGAACUGGUCUGAAACAAGUCUACGACCAGUCUGACACAAGUCCAGAACCCAUCAGACCUGUCAGACCUAAGUCCAGGUCCAGCAUGUUGGACUGAAGCAAAGAAUGAAACCUGCCAACACCCUGCAUCUGAUGUCCAGCUGUCUCCUCCACUGUGCCGUUUCCUCCAUGUUUGACAUCAUUUUAACAUUUUUAUGAGAACCGGAUGUGUCUGGAGUCCAACAGAGAGCACUUUAUUCUGAUGGUGAGGAUGGGGAGGAAGAGCAGGCCCUAAUCUUAGAUGCAUUAAGACAAAGAAGCUUCAUUAGAAUCAAGCUUAAUUUUUAAAACCAGUUAUUGAAGUGUCCACCUCUCUGAGCAAUAAGAAGCUGAGUAGGAAAGAAAUGAUCCCUCCAAACAACAAAGCUGGUUCAGUUCUCUGAUAACUGGGCGACUCUGAAGUCCUGGACCAUCAGGAGAGCUGAAAACCAAACCUUUACUGGUAAACAUCCAAGAAAAUAAGAGCAAGAUUUAAAUGAGUGAAUGAAAUAAAAAGAUAUAGAGAUUAUUUCCAGAACAUUUCCACAAAAGCUGAGAAGUUGUGUAAAAUGUACAUAAAACCAGAAUCUCAUCAACCAUCUUUUAUUCCCAGUAGAAGAUAAACAACAUGUCAGAUGAUGAAAAUGAGCU